UAUUCCGAGGGAAAGCCAGAUAACCUGCGCCCCAGUGUCGUGUGUGAGAACUUUGGUGGCGCCGUUCUAUUGCUUUCUGUUAAGCUUAUCCCAAAACAAAACCAACAAGACAUCCAUUCCUAGUGAAGGAGUAACCUUCCCCAGAGCACACAGAGCAUACUGAGACAAGAAUGCGUGGCCUUACUCUCUCUGAGAGCAUUUUGAGGCUACAUUCACUUCCUUCAUUUCUCUACAUUCCCAAACCAUUCACCUGUUCUCUUCUCUCUUCCAAUUCCCACUCCAAGAAGCAUACUUCAAAGCUCGCUCUUGAAUUUCCGACUUCCAAUUCCUCCAGGUAUUCCCAAAGGUAUGCAGGUACCUUCAAGCAGAGACCUUACUACAAUCUACAACAAGGUUUUCAAAAAUUGAGGGACCCCGGGAAAUUGAGUCAUGUUUACAAGAAUGGUGACGCAAUGAGCAACUGCAGUAAUUCAAAUAUACUGGUUGUCGAGAACUCCAACCAGGAAUAUUACGUAGCUACAGAAGUUUCUUUUAAUAGUUCAUCCAGUGGACUCCUGAAGUUUAUGAUUUUGUUUGGGUUGCUCACAUUUCAAGACUCUUAUCCAGCUGCUGCUUCAGAUUUGGCUAGUGGGUUCAAUUCAGUUCCUAUAUUAGGAGAUUUGGGUGAUAUAAGCACAGGUUUUGCUUCAGCUUUCCUCCUAAUUUUUUUCUCAGAACUAGGUGACAAGACCUUCUUCAUUGCAGCACUAUUGGCUGCUAGGAAUUCAGCUGCUGUCACUUUCAUUGGGACAUUCGGUGCACUUGCGGCAAUGACUAUUGUAUCUGUUGUUCUUGGACGAACUUUUCAUUAUGUUGAUGAAAUAUUGCCAUUCAGGUUCGGUGAGACUGAUUUACCUGUUGAUGACAUUGCUGCUGUUUGCCUUUUGGUUUAUUUUGGGAUCUCUACCUUGCUGGAUGCUUCAUCUAGUGAUGGUCAAUCAGAAGAUGAGCAGAAGGAGCAGGCAGAGUUAGCAGUUUCAGAAUUUUCAGGAAAUGGUGCUGGCAUACUAGCUGCUGCUAGUACAGUAGUCAGCACUUUUCUCCUAGUUUUUGUUGCUGAAUGGGGUGACAAAUCAUUUUUUUCUACAAUUGCCCUUGCAGCAGCUUCUUCACCCCUUGGAGUCAUUGGGGGAGCGCUGGCUGGUCAUGGUGUUGCAACCUUGCUAGCAGUACUGGGGGGCUCUUUACUUGGGACAUUUUUAUCAGAGAAGGUCAUCGCCUUCAUAGGAGGCUCUCUGUUUCUCGUCUUCGCUGCAGUGACCUUAUUCGAAAUUGUGAAUUAGAGGUUAAGCUUCACCUGAAGUUAGUUUCGUGAAGUUCCCAAAUUCACAGGCAAGCCACCAAGACAAGACAUUAAGAAUGCAGGGGCGUCUGGAGUUUUUUUUGGCGUUUUUUUCCCCCCUUUUUGGGUUGAAUUUUGUAAUGACAACGUAAUUCCACUAGUAGACAAUAUACUUGUAGUAUGUCAAUUUGGCCGAAAAAGAAGAUGCUUGUAGCAUGGCUUUCGUUUAUCAAACAUUUGACCUAGUGGUUAUGUGUUAGUGGAUUUUGUUUAGAAAAAAGGCAAUGUUUUAGAUCAA